AGAUGUGGAGAAGCUGUGCUCUUGUCCUGCUCCUGCCCUGCCUCUCAACAGCUCUGAUCCCACUCCCUUCGCUCUCAGUACGAGUCGAUCGGGUUGCUCGGGCAGACUCUGGCAGCUUUACUACUUCGCAUGCUCUGCAUCGAUUCUCGAAUCGGUACAAGUUCGAAGACAAGGAGUCUAUCCGAGCUUUGCGGGGUGGUUCAUCCUAUGCGCAAGAUUUCUCUCCUCAGCUUCCCAAAGCGCUGAUGGCUGAGAUGCUCGGCACCUGGAUGAUCGUCUUCUUGGGGACGGCUGCUGUCGCUACAGCCAACUUUGCGAAAGCUGAGAUCGCUGGCCUGCUCGGCAUCGCAUGCUGCUGGGGGAUCGCGGUGGCGGGAGCCGUGUCAGCAUUCGCCAAAGUCUCAGGGUCGCACUUUAAUCCAGCCAUCUCCAUCGCCCUCGCGUGGUACAAGGGAAAGUUCGGCACCCCUCUCACCAUCCGCAGUCGGACAUGGCUGCCUCUCUACAUCCUCGCCCAGCUUGUCGGAGCUCUCUGCGCGUCGGGCUGUGUAGCUCUUCUGUACAAGAGCUCGUUUGCAGCUCUUCCUCUCAGUGCAGCCCCGGCUGCGAUGGGGUGUUACCCUUCCAGAGCCUUUGGAUCUGCCGAGACUUUUGCAGCUGAACUGCUCGGCACUGGCCUUCUCGCGUUCGGGGCAAUCUCACUUCAGUCAGCAUGGCAACUGGGAGCUUGGCUCGCCACCUUGAUCGUCGUCUUCGCUCCUAUCAGCGGCGCAAGUUUCAAUCCUGCAAGAGAGCUUGGCCCUCGUAUUGUGUCCAUGCUCAUGGGUUUCGACGCGAGCAAGGUUCUCACACCUUUCCUUCCCGUCUACAUCCUGGGGCCCAUUUUGGGCGCUGUCAUCGGCGUGUGGGUCGCAAGUUCUGUAGCUAAGAAUUAGAACCUCCGCCGCCCUUGUCAAGAAGUUCGGAAG